CAGUCGGGUUUCUGCGCUUGUCGGUGUUGGGUGUGCGUCUUUCUCGACUCUAGAAUUUUCGUAUCUCAAAUUGAAACUUACAGUAGAUAGUUUUAAUUUAUUUUUUAUAACGUUAAGUCUUGAACAUUGUAAGCUUUAGUUAUCAGUGUGUUAAUUAUUGUUUAGUGUGUUUUAUCUCUAAUUAAUUUAGUGUUAUAAAUAAGACGAAUCUAAAGUCAUUCCAAAGGCGUGCACCAUGGCCAAAACAGAGAAGUCUUUUCCGAGAAAUUUCACAGGUUGUCUAACAUGCGUCCAAGUGUUGAACAUCAUGGUCCUCCUGGGCUUCAUGCUCAACUACGCCCUCCGAGUGAACCUCACCAUUGCGAUUGUCGAAAUGAUCUACGACGAAAAGGACAACGUCACUGCAGUAGUCAAUGCUACACACGAUAUGCUAAACGUUACAGAGCAUCCAGAGCACAUAGAACAAACCCGCUAUCACUGGGACACGAAACAAAAGAACCAUUUGCUCGGAUGCUUCUUCUGGGGUUACGUGCUCACAGAACUACCAGGCGGUCGACUGGCAGAAAUUGUUGGGGCUCGGCGAGUAUUUGGCUACAGUACGCUGCUCGCAAGUUUGCUCACACUCUUCACGCCGACUGCUGCCAGCUUGGGUUUUGGAUGGGCAGUAGCUGUGAGGGUAGUCCUUGGCUUUUUGCUAGGAGCAACGUGGCCCGCCAUACUCCCAAUGGCCUCCAAAUGGAUCCCCCCCAUGGAUAGAUCUAAAUUCAUGUCCAACAUGAUGGCAUCGUCCCUGGGAGCCGCUAUUACUAUGCCGAUCUGCGGUUUUCUCAUCGCACACUUUGGCUGGGAAUCUGCCUUCUACUUCACUGGAAUAAUCGGCUUGAUGUGGUCUGUGGCCUGGUUCGCGGUGGUCUACGACACUCCCGCGCAGCACCCUCGCAUCUCGGAGGCUGAGAGGAACUUCCUCAUGAAGGCGCUGCCACAGGACAACAACACUAAAGGGCACAUGCCAGUCCCCUGGAAGAGUCUGAUACUGUCAGCGCCGGUGUGGGCCAUCAUAAUCACUCACGGCGCCUCGGUGUUCGGAUACUUCACCGUGGUCAACCAGCUGCCUACCUACAUCGAGAGCAUCCUGCAUUUCAACAUAAAGCACAACGGUCUGCUCUCUUCUCUGCCUUACUUGGGCAAGUACCUGUGCGCGCUGGCUUCCUCCGUGCUCGCCGACCACCUACGCCGCAGCGGGCGGCUGUCCACCACUGCUGCGAGAAAACUCUUCACUGGAUUUGCUGUCGGACUGCCGGGCGUGAUGAUGCUAGCUCUGGUAGCUUACGGCCAAGAGCGCGUGUGGUCCAUCGCCAUCUUCACGGCGGCGCUCACCAUCAACGGCGCCGUCACUGCCGGCUACCUCGGCAACGGGCUUGAUAUUGCUCCUAACUUCAGCGGCACAAUAUUCGGUAUGGCCAACACGCUGUCGUCGUUUGGCGGCUGGCUGUCCACCUACAUGGUCGGUGAACUUACCAAAGAAAAUAACACCCUCGAGCAAUGGAAGAUAGUAUUCUACAUCCUCUCGGGUACCUACGUGCUUGGAGCGCUAUGCUUCACGUGCCUGGGCUCCGGCGAGCUGCAGCCGUGGAACUCGCCGCAGAAGCCGAUCUCCAGGGAGGACGAGCCUCUGAACGAGGAAAAGGCGUGAGGAGGAAACGGUAGGGUGGGGAUGUAACACCAUACAGAUACGGUGGACCCAUCGUUCGUUCGUUCGUUUCAGCCGAAAGACGUCCACUGCUGGACAAAGGCCUCCCCCAAGGAUUUCCACAAAGACCGGUCCUGCGCCCUCGCAUCCAGGCACCUCCCGCGACCUUCACCAGAUCGUCGGUCCACCUAGUGGGAGGCCUGCCCACGCUACGUCUUCCGGCUCGUAGUCGCCACUCAAGAACUUUCCUGCCCCAGCGGCCAUCAGCUCUUCGAGCUAUGUGCUCCGCCCAUUGCCACUUGAUUUUAGCGAUUAUGCGGGCGCAUACCAUACGGAGGACCCAUACUACGGAUUACAAGUCACUCAUAAUACUUUUUACAUAAUGGAUUUAUUUAUUUACAUCUCGAUAUUUUUACAGGAUGUUUUACCCAACGUUCAGUCUUUCACUAUGGGACUUCUGAAAUCACAAGAAAAAAAUCGACUGUAAAAUACAAAAUUCUUUUUUUUGUGGGACUUAUGCCCGUUUUCACCAUCAAUCCCAAUUUUUAAGUGACCCCUAUGUAAAUAAUAUUCCUGUUAUGUAUUACCAUAUGGCUCACUUAAAAAUUAGGGAUUGAUGGAAAAAAACCGACUCCAAAAAACCUACACUAAAACGUAGAAAAAUAAUUACUAAUUACCUACUUAUUUAUUAGGACGAAUUAUUAAUAUUUAUGUAGGUAUACCAUGAUUGAUACUUCUGGAGUCGGUGCCAAGAUUAUGAAACAUGUAAAGUUUGCCUGCACCGACUCCAAAAGUAUCAAUCAUGGUAUACCUACAUAAAUAUUAAUAAUUCGUCCUAAUAAAUAAGUAGGUAAUUAGUAAUUAUUUUUCUACGUUUUAGUGUAGGUUUUUUGGAGUCGGUUUUAUUUUUUUUUAUAAAAUUUUACUUAUUUCUUGCUUUUUAGUUAACUAAUUAUUACCUUGAUGUUACCACUGAAGGUAGGCAGUACACUGAGACCAAAAAAAAUUGGUUCAUAAUCGGCGGAGAUAUUGCGUAUAAAAAAGUUCAUCCCCAAUUUUCCACCCUUAGGGGUGAAAUAUUUUCUUCAAAUUCGCAUGAAACCACCCUUUUGAUAAUACCUAUUCAACAAAAAAAUAAUCGUUCAAAUUGGUUUAUAAUCGGCGGAGAUAUUGCGUAUAAAAAAGUUCAUCCCCAAUUUUCCACCCUUGGGGGUUGUUUUUUUUAUUAUUAAAUUUAAAUGGGACCACCCUUGAGGUAUUACCUAUACGCCGAAAAAAGAUUUGUUCAAAUCGGUUCAUAAUUGGCGGAGUUAUCGCGUAACAAACAUAGAAAAAAAAAAAAAAAAAAAAAAAAAAAAACAUACGGGUCGAAUUGAGAACCUCCUCCUUUUUUGAAGUCGGUUGAAAAAUGGGCAUUAGUUAGAGUCGGUCCCAUAUUGAAAGUUGUUUAUAUUAAUGAGUAAAACAUUCUGUAAAAAUAUCGAGACAGUAAAAAAAACAUUUAGCAUUUAUUAUUUAUUGAUUCAUAUCCUUUCAGUUCAGUUUCAUGAAUAUCUAUUAGUCAUAAUAUAUUUUUAUAGAAAUAACGUAUUGUGGUUUGAACCAAUUUUCAAUAACUUUAGGUAAUAUUUAGAAUUUUUCCUUACCUAUCUGUAAAUGGUGUUACAAACCCAUCUGUUUAGAUAACUCAAAGCCCGAAGAAACUACAGCUAAUGUCUAAAUGGAUAAAUAAUAGUGUUUAAGUUUCCCCUGGAUCGGUAAAAAAGACUGGGUGAAUGAGAUUUGCCAGCCGUGUCAUAAUAAUUAAGUAAAUGAAUAUUUUUAUUACCUUAAUUAGGUUUACUUUGUAAACUAAUACUUUUAUAACGGUUGCUGUUCUAAUACUUAAUUACAACUUAUAUUUAUUUUACUAUUAAUUCUGCACCACUGUUUAUUUCAAAAUUUUUAAAAAUACCUAUGGCAAGGUUGAGAAAUCUCGAAACUAUUGGUUUUGUAACUAUACUUAUAUGAGUAUUGCUACAAAACUAAGGCACAGUGUUGAUUGGGUUUUUGUUAGUUAUCAACAAUACCCCAGUUAUAUCUGUACCUAAUGUUAUUGUUGCGACAAAAAUACCAAUUUCAAUUUAUAUUUCCUCUUCGGUGUUUUUGUCACAGCAACUAGCAUAGAAAAAGUAAAAAAAAAACAAAAAAAGGCUGUUAACGUAUAAAUUGUGAUGUAUUUAUAUAACGUGCCGGCUUGCGCAAUGGACACUCGAUAACACGCCGAUUUGUAUAGCUCUACCCACGCGCGUAACGUCGAAAUGUAUGGCAUAAUUGUACCAAACCAUUUGUGUCAAAUUGCAUUACUUGUACGCGUUUUGUAUACAAUUUCCUUAACUAGUGAAACAUGUAAAAGUAUAUUUGUACAAAAAACAUUUUUCUGAGUUACUAAGUAAAAAAAUUACAUUUGUAACUCCACCAAACCCAUCGAUUUCAGAUGAAAUUACAUAACUUCACUAAGCAAAUCCAUCAAGCGUGUGUAGCUACGCUAUAGAAAUCGGCACUUCGAUUUAUAACGGUGAUUCUGUGAAACCCGACUCAUCGUUUUGAAUAUUUAGAGUUAAGUAAGUCUCAAGAAAUCGUAUUGUGUAAUGUUGUUGACCCUAUACGCUUUGGGUUUUUGGUGCGUGGAUAUGUCGCUAAGUUCAAUAAAGUAUUUAAAAUUAAUCUCAAACAGUAUUGAAAUAGGUAUUUACCAUUGGAAUAGAUACAAUUGCAUUCUCUCAUAACAUUCGAUCACCGAUCACACACUUUAUUGAACCAGUAUUUCGUAUCCAUGUGCUAUGUUUUGUUGCAAUGCGAGCUCGUUGUAAUACGCUUUCAACCGAUGAUGUUAAAUGAUGCCUAAAGUCGGUGUAAGUAUUUUUAAUUAACUUUUGAGAAACUAGUUCGUGACAAAAGUCGAUUUAAAAUACUUGCCUAUCAUGCGCUUUACGCAUUAAUAAAUGAUUUAUGUUAAUAUAUAUAGUCGGUUUGUAGGUCGCCGCGACUUGCUCGGGGCAUGAACUGAUAGGUAGUAGGUAGCGCGAAUUAAAGGGACCAAACUAAGGGCAACAAACAACGCUUAUUUAUAGUAGGGAAUACACUUCCCACUGCAACAGCAGAACCGUAGCAAACAUAUUUUUCUACUAUAAAACUAGCGAACUACAUAAGAUUUCUUGUUUUAUCUACAAUUAAGUAUUUUAACUAAGUAUCAAUUUAUUUAUUUUUCUACUAUGUCGAAAGUUUAGGAAAAUUCUGAGCCAUUCUAGUUUACCAGUGGACGGUCGGAACGUGUCCAUAGACAAGUCUCGAUUCUUUUACCGUAAGACAUAGAUAUUAAGAUUAAGCCAUGUUCGCACCUAGCUUUAUUACAAGGGACAAUGCAUUGUUAUAUUGUGCAUUUCGACAGCUGUGAUAAAGAGAUUUGUCUAUGGCCUGCACAUAUAGUGUUGUUAAUGUUUAGAGCUCGCACAUUUUAGAUCCCUCGCGUUUUUGGAAAAUGAAUCUAUACGGCUAUUAGUAGUUCCUAAAUUACGAUCAGUAUUUAGUAAAGGUUUCGUUUCGCUCCGUUCCCCGGGCGGGCCUCUUCCAACGGUUGCAGGGUAUAUACGUCCAAUGAGUACAUUAUGCAAGCAUAACUAAGCUCGCGCGUCUGUGGGAACGAUUAAUUCUUAUAAAUAUUAGGUAUUAUUCAUUAUUUAUAUUAAUAUAAUUAAGGAAACGUGUCAAGUAUUUGUACUACUUUUCAUGUAACUACUUUCGAAAUUGUAUUUUUAUCGUAUUAAAAACACUUUUGAGGUAGUUUCUUUAGUUAGGAAAUGACACCACUCAAAUUACGGUCGUUAAUGAACAAAUAAUUUGAUUAAUUUAAUUUAUAUCUGACAUAUCCGAGUUAAAAUAUCAAUUUGAAUUUAUUAUAAUGCCAUGUUAAUUUAAAAAUAUUUUAAGUAUUUCAUGUUUUACUUCGUCUCAGUACUAGUGCGUAAAGUCGAUAAUUUUAUUCUAUGUAAUAAUAUUCUUGUGGAAUACUAUGAUAGUGUUUAUCGCCAAUGAGAUCUUUUGUAAUAGUUUACCGUGUUAAUUGCAUUAUCAUUAACUAAUUUUAUGUAUUUGCAUUAUUUAUAAGCAAUAGUCAACGUCAGAAUUUUAAUUACUACAUUGUGUUACUUAAUAAAUGCGUAACAUACUUUUUAAUGAAACUAUUUGUCAAAUAUGUGAAAUACCCGUCGUACUGAGUUAAUUACUUUUCAUCACAAACUAACGUAAGACACUCGACCUUUAGAAUCUAACACCUAAAUUAUCAUUAAAGGAUAUCGUAUAGAGGUAUUGGAAAGCAGAUAAUGGAAUAAGUAUAAUGUAAUGAAAUCGUUCUUGCUGACUGCCAUCGCUGUCUUCGUUGCGCUAUCGAUACAUUAAAUGAUACCCAUUGUGUUUAUCGAUAUGUUAGGACACCUCUAAAACAUUGUCGACGAAAUACCAACCCUAUUCUAUCUAUUCUAGAGGUCGAGUUAUUUUCAUAGAUAUUUUUAUUUUCAAAUUGCCGAUGUUCAUUCUCACUGUAUGACGAAUCCAGUCGAUCGACUGACGCGUGUUCAGCCGAUUGUGUUAAUGUAUUAGCAAUAUGUUAUUGUAUGAUUAUAUUAAUGCAUGUGGACAUUAGUUAACAUUGUUAGUCGCCAAUGACAAUUCUGUACUUUUGUGAACCAUUUAUUUUUUUUAAAUAAAGUUUUUAUGAAAAAUA